UGCUUGGGGUUUCAGAGUACAUCACUCCUUGUAGUUUAUGAAGAGGAAAAGCAUAUACCAACAGUACUUGCAAUUGAAUAAGGAAAACAUAUGUUGUUAGAAAUACUAUAUCCAAAGAGAGAGGGAGAGAGAGUUUCCAAGCCUGUUUAACCAUGAGGCGCUGUGAUUUGGAUGUAUUUUUUAAAACAGGAAUGAGUGAGCGUCAGUCCCGGUGUAUUAUCAUUGACAGAUGAGUAGGAAAGUAACGGCGCAAACAGAUAACAGGUCAGUCAUUUGCCUUGUCUCCUGUCCCCCUCUAGUCACGUGAAUCACAGCAUUUCUCCCGCACACACAACAAAGUUUUCUUUUGUACAAUUCGGCGUUUUCCUGCUCCCCUUGAUGAACUGUGCCGGGGGAACAUUGUUGAAGUCAAAUCUAAACAAUGCCGAAGGGAACGUGGUCAUGUCAGUGAACCAUUACAGACUGCAGCCAAGUUGUCUCCCUCCUCCCCUCCUCCCCGAAACCAAAGCAGGAAUCAGCGCUGGAAGGGUUGAAGGCUGCCUGAUUGGAGGCUGGGCUAACUCGGGGCGGACUGACAGCCACUUGCCCUCAGCUUGCCUGCCCACUGACAGCUCCACUCCUGGGGAGAGCUGAGUGCACUGGAGCCGCGGCCGCUGCACCUCGGGACCUGUUGAGUUUCGAGUUGAACACACGGUGGGAGGAGGGUUAAAAAAACUUUUUUUUUUGCUCUUGUUUUCCUUGAGCCGGUGGAGUCAACUCGGCAGCGGGAAGCCGAACUCCGGCCGUGCCUGAGAUCUCAGGCCGCCCCUGGGAAAAAAAAAUGUGAAAAGUGCGGCGCCUCCAAGGGGUCGAGGCUGCGGCUGGUCAACUGCUGGGGACUGUCAGCACCUUCCCCUGUGUGUGUGUGUGUGUGAGAGAGAGAGAGAUAGACCCUCUGAUCUACCCAAACCCAGUGACAGAACCCCAACAAGAGAAACUAAUGCCAGCCGAAUGGUACCUCCCAAGACUAUUGCCAAAGAUUCUCUAUCAACAGUUGUCAAGGAACACCAUGCUGGGGAUGCCCAGUCACUAGGUGAGAUUGGACACUCGCAGAGAGAAGUUUGCAGAGAGACUUGUCACAGUCCGCCGGAUUUACUGGGGAAAUGAGCAGUUCAGACAACGAGAGACCGGGACUGCAGAAAUCGCUCCCAAGAUCAGGUUCACGAUGAAACUCUUGCUCUGGGUGCAUUUAAUCGCCGGAUUGUUUGGGGUCACAGCCGGCAACAGGAGCUGCCCUGACUUGAUCAUCGAUAGCUGCAGCUGUACCAGUGAGCGCUCGAAGGGACCAGGCAGACAGAUCAUCCGGAUCAAAGUGGCGUGCAGUCACGGCGAGUUGUUGGAAACUUUGCAGUCCAGCCUCCUGCCGAACCAAACCGUCACAUUGAUCCUGAGUAACAACAAGAUCUCAUUGCUGAAGAAUGGCUCUUUCUUUGGCUUACGCUCUCUAGAGAGACUGGAUUUGAAGAAUAACUUGAUUAGCAACAUUGAGCCUGGGGCUCUCUAUGGGCUUCCAGAAUUGAAGCGGCUAGAUCUGUCAAACAACAGGAUAGGAUGUCUGAGUCCUGAGAUAUUUACAGGCCUCACCAGUUUGACUAAGCUGAAUUUGUCGGGGAACAUUUUUUCAACCCUUCCUCUUGGACUGUUCAUUGAACUUAGCGCAUUAAAAGUUUUGCACUUUAGCACUGAAUCUCUAAUGUGUGACUGCAACCUUAGAUGGCUCUUACAGUGGGCCAGAAACUCUUCAGUUCGAAUAGCAGAUGAAACUGUGUGUGUUUACCCAAGUGCUCUGCAGGGAAGGCCAUUCAAAACUUUGAAGGAAAACCAAUUGACAUGUGAUGGCCCACUUGAGCUGCCUUUAUUUCAGAUGAUUCCAUCACGACAACAAGUGGUAUUCCAUGGCGAUCGUCUACCUUUUAUGUGCACUGCAACAUAUGUGGAUAAAACAACACAAAUCCAAUGGCACCAUAGCGGGAAAAUAGUGGAAACAGACGAAGAUAAUGAAAUAUUUGUAGAACCCGUUAUAAUACAUGACUGCUGCUUAAUAUCCAGUGAGCUGAUCCUGACCAAUAUUGAUGUUGAUGCAACUGGAGAGUGGGAGUGCCUUAUCACUACCUCCCGAGGAAAUAGCAGCAAGAAGGUAGAAAUUAUGGUGCUAGAAACCGCUGCACCUUACUGUUCUGCAGAGCGAGUCACCAACAAUAAAGGGGACUUCAGAUGGCCUCGAACAUUGGCUGGUAUCACAGCAUACUACCCCUGUACACGAUAUCCAUUUGGAUCUGUACCUUAUUAUGGAGACCAUCGGCAAAGAAAAGCAUGGCGUAAAUGUGAUCGAACUGGACGCUGGAUGGAAGGAAACUACACCGAGUGUGCUUAUGCAAAUGAAGUUACGAGAGUCCUUCACGCAUUCAGCCAGAUUCCGGUGAAUGCCACCAAUGCUCUUGCUUUUGCUCACCAACUGAUGACCUACACGGGAAAUGCAGCUAACUUUGCAGACAUGAUGGAUGUCAUUUUUGUGGCUCGCAUGAUUCAGAAGUUAAUCAUCUUUGUGGAUCAAGUCAAAGAUCUGGGAGAAUCCAUCACAGAAAUAGCCAGCAACAUGAUGCUAGUGGAUGAACACAUACUGUGGAUGGCACAAAAUGAAGAGAAAGCUUGUACCCGAAUCGUGCAGUGUGUGGAAUUCAUUGCAAGUCUUGUGUUAACCAGCAAUGCACAGGAUAUUUCAAAGGUUUCCAUGAAUAUAGCACUGGAAGCCUUCAUGAUCAAGCCAGCUAGUUUCACAGGCAUGACAUGCACCGCCUUCCAGAAAAUGGGUUUGCAUCCAGGCAGAUCAUUGAUCCGUGACGUGGCUAGACUGGAUUGGGAGGCUGACUAUCGUCGGGAUCAGCAUCUGAAUUUCAAAUGCAAUACAGGCAAUCUGGCCAGUUCUCUCGUGAAUUUCCCAGUUAAGAACACCGUAGCAGUGGCAUCAGUUCAGUUGCCACCAGCAAUUUUCACUCAUUUCCUCGCCUUGCACACUGUUGACAACUCAUCUUGCAAGCUACAAUUUAUUGUAUUUCGGAAUGGAAAACUCUUCCCCAGCACAGGUAACUCAUCAAACCUUGCUGAUGAUGGGAAACGCAAGUGUGUUUCGACUCCAGUUGUCUUCGUCAAAAUAGAUGGGUGCAGCUUUGGGAACCUCACGAAACCCAUUACUGUUGUUCUGAGGCAUUUUGCGCUGGGUACAGAUCCCACUGCAGCAUAUUGGGAUUUUGACCUUUUGGAUGGGCACGGUGGUUGGCAUGCUAAAGGGUGCCAUAUAACAGGCUCUGCAAGCAAUAUUACCACCAUUCAAUGUGUGCACUUCGGUAACUUUGCAGUCCUAAUGGAUUUGAAGACUGUGCUUUCCUUCAAUCAGUACCCAGGGGAAUAUCUGCACCCUGUGGUGUAUGCGUGCACUGCAGUUCUUUUGCUGUGCCUUUUUGCAUCCAUUAUCACCUACAUUGUGCAUCACAGCACCAUCCGCAUUAGCAGAAAAGGCUGGCAUAUGUUGCUGAACUUCUGUUUCCAUACUGCCCUGACGUGUGCAGUAUUUGCUGGAGGCAUCAAUCGCACAAAAUACCCAAUCAUCUGCCAAGCUGUCGGAAUUGUUUUACAUUAUUCCACCCUAUCUACAAUCUUCUGGACUUGUGUCACUGCCAGGAAUAUUUACAAGCAAGUGACCAGAAAAGUCCCUCAGUACCAUGACAAUGACCAGCCACAACACACUCAGCAACCGAUGUUGAGGUUUUAUUUGAUUGGAGGAGGCAUUCCUUUCAUAAUUUGUGGGAUCACUGCUGCAACAAAUAUCAACAAUUAUGGGAGUGAAGACAAUGCACCAUAUUGCUGGAUGGCAUGGGAGCCUAGCCUUGGUGCAUUUUAUGGGCCUGCUGCUUUCAUUGUGCUUGUUAGUUGUGUCUAUUUUCUGUGUACAUUAGUGCAAUUGAAACGACACCCAGGGAAGAAGUAUGAGCUAAAGGAGAUGACAGAAGAGCAACAACGAUUGGCCAGCACAGAGGUAGGCCCCAGUCAUGUAACGGACUCCAGCUCUGUGUCGCACACAUGUUCAAUGGUUUCUUCUUCAAUGCUGGAAAACGAGCAUUCAUUUAAGGCUCAGCUUCGUGCUUCUGUAUUCACUCUGUUUCUUUUUAUUGCUAUGUGGACUUUUGGAGCCCUCGCAGUCUCACAAGGACAUUUCCUAGAUAUGAUAUUCAGUUGCUUAUAUGGAGCAGUCUCAGUAACUCUCGGACUCUUUAUUCUGGUUCACCACUGUGCAAAACGUGAUGAUGUCUGGCAUUGUUGGUGGUCCUGCUGCAAAUCCAAUAGGAAUACAUACGCUGUUCAAAUGAACGUUCGUCCCCAGGUAACCAUGAACGGCGAUGCUCAGCUUCAUGUCCCAUGUCUCCUGGAUUCUCCAUGUCCCAGUAAAUCAUCAUCCAGUUGCAAUCAUUCAGUGUCUGGACUCUGUAAGCUAACUAAUCUACAGGCCGUCCAAAAUCAUGUAAAUUGUCUUUCACCAGUUACACCAUGUUGUGCUAAAGUGCACAGUGAACAAAUUAUUGAUGACGAUGGGGACAUUCAUCUGCGAGCUGAUGGUACAUGUCGAUCGGGAAUGCAUAUCCACAGAUGUCAAAAAAGCCGAACUAAACCGCGACACUUUGUUCGGCACAGCAGGUCAGCAGCCCAGAGAGAAUACGCUUAUCAUAUCCCUUCCAGCAUAGAUGGAAGUGUCCAUAGCUCACAUACAGAAAGUCAUCACAGUGUCCAGGACAGCCAGUCCAUCCAAAGGCAAGUUGUCUGUGCAAAAAGUGAUCAGUGCCCCAAUGUCUGCCAGCCUGAAAGUAGUGAUGCCAGCACAGUGCUAUAUGGAUGCAAUAAAGCUGUAGACAGUGGUGUCAGUACCGAAGCUUUACACCAAGGAGUUACGUUUGAGAUGCAGUCACGGAGACAAUCAUGUCCUCUAAGUGUAACCAACCAAAAUGGAAUACUGAAGGGAAACCUGCAUGAAGCCAUCAUUUAUACUUCAGACAGUACAGGAAAUAUAAGGACUGGUCCUUGGAAAAAUGAAACUACUGUGUAGUUUUUAAGUUUCAUGACUACAAAUUUAAAUCAUUAUUGCUACAAAAGUUGUAUAUAAAUUUUGUAUAAUGCUUAUGUGUUUGUUUACAUAAUUCAUUGUGCAGAUUUCAAGUAACAUUUGCAUAUUUGUAUGUAUACAUCUAUAUUUGUACAGCACAUACAAAGUAUCAUGAGAGCAGUAUUAUAUAAUGUAUUUGUAUUUCAAACUACAAACGAUGCAUUUGUGUUACCACAAUGUGGACGUUGUUGAAAAGUUAGUCUGCAGAUAUAUCACAAUUAUGUUGAAGCUUUGGAUUUUUUUUUCAAUGUAUUGGUUUCUUCGAAGUAAGGAGCCACAAAUUAAGGUAAGCAUUACUGUUACACUAAAGAGACAGUAGCCCUUUGGAUGGCUAACUUAAGUACCGUCCUAAUGCCUGUUAAAGUUUCCCUAAUCAUUCGUAGAAACAAUAUCAUGUGCAAUUUCUUCAGAGGAUAAAUUUAUCAUUUCUAAUUAUUUUUUCCUGAAAAUCCUGGUUAUUCAUUGGAAUAUGUCAUUAAUAAAACUUUUAACAGAAUCCUGCAUUCAGUAAAUUAACUGUGGAACUUUUAUUUUACUUGGCACAUGAGGGGAUGAUUUCUCUUGUGUGCUAAGUUUAAAUUGUAAGCCUCAGUAAUAUAGAUGAAUUCCAAUUUUUCACAAAGAAUACAGAAGAAACCUUUCCCACUAAAUUAAAUAUAAAAGGGUAUUGGCUCUUUAACUUUAUAGGAAGAAAUUGUGUAUUGAGUCUAUUGUAAGGCAUACAGUACAUGUUAGUGUAACAUGCAUGAUUUUUGUUCAGUUAAACCAUCAGUAUUUUGUCAUCUGCUAUUAUGUGUAAAAACUAAUUAUUUUGGUGAUGUAAAAGCCAAUAGCUUUUUUUUUAAUCCAUGCAAUUGAACCGUAAAGCAAAACAUAGUCAUUGAACUCCUUCACUAGCUAAAGUGCCACAGCACAUGUAUAAGGUUAAUGCGAUAACUGUGCUAGAGAUGACAGUUUUCGGUUGUCUGUGCAGAGCAUGCAGUGCCUGUUGUAUGUUACAGUGUACACUGUAUAAUGAAUUGUUGUUUUCGGUAAAUGCAGAUAUCACCAUGUCUAUUAGUAAAAACAGCAAAAAAACCUUCAAAUCCAGUUUGUCAUCUAUUUUAAUAAGAUUGUUUUUAAGUAUAUAUUCAGUCAUCUUCAUUACAAUAUAAAUGUGAAUUCAGGUAACACCAGUUGCAUUUGAUCCAUCUAGUUUCCCACGUAAGGGAAUGCAUUGAACAGAAAUAUAAUAGUCAUAAUGUUACAGUAACUGCAGUUUAUCGUAUCAAAUUACUAGUUAUCUUAUUAUUAGCUAACUUUAUUUUAGUCUGGUGUAUUUAAAGGUAUGGUAGCACUGCAGUUAUUACUGGACUAGUAAUCCAGGUAACUUGUGGUCAAAUUCCAACAUGGCAGUUCUUAAAAAUCGAGAAAUAAAAAGUAUUGUAUAAGUAAAUCCAGCUG